AUGGGAGAUCAGCCCUUCACCUUUAGUCCCACUGGAGAAACCACUACUGUCAGCAAGAGAGGUUCUGUGCUGGAGCAGGCACAAAGGGAGCAGGAAGAUAAAUGCAGGGAAGAGCUCUGCGUGUCUAGAAGAUAUUUUGCAAGCAUGAAUGGCAAGAAUGAAACCUCUCAGCAAAUGCAUAGCAGUAAGCAGUUAAAUGCAGCAGCAAACAAAUUGAGUGAUAUUCCAACAGCACUACAAGAGGUCAAAAAACAUCUUGGAGGUGCAGCAGCAGAAAAUAUAAUGGAGAGAAUAAAAAUGGCAAAGAGAAAGAAUAAAAACCAGAACAAUGAUGUAGAGAGAGCAAGCCAUAAAGAGAAAUCAGAAAAUAAUGAAAAACUGCCUGUGCAAACAGAAGAAACAAUGUUAGAGAAUGACAAUCCAUUAAUGCUGACAGCUCUGUCUCGUAUUCCUCUGGAAAGCCUAAGUGACGUAGAAACGAAGCUGGUCUACACUGAUGAGGAUAACAUUUUCCUUGAGUUUGACGAGCUUACGGUGCCUAGCGGUACACAAUCAGGGUGUCAUAAUUCUGCACAAGCACAUGCUCUGAACACACCCGACAGCGGCACUUUGCCUCACAUCAACAAACAGCUUCAGAUGACCCUCCUGGAAGCCAGCACUUGCUACAGACAGAAGAACUAUGCAGCAGCAGUGGAGCAGUUAUCAACAGCAAUGAAGCUUUUCAGUAACGGAGCUGCUAUAGGUGGUCCAUUUGAGUCAUCUCCAGAAGAUCUUUCUAGUAUUGCCAGUUUUAUUGAGACAAAGUUUGUAAUCUGCUACCUAAAACUGAGGAAGCCUGGUGAAGCUCUUAAUCAUUCAUACAGGAGCAUUAUUUUGAACCCAUCUUAUUUCCGGAAUCACCUGGUCCAAGCUGCUGUGUUUAGGUGCUUAGAGAGAUACUCUGAAGCUGCAAGGAGCGCCAUGAUCGCUGACUAUAUGUACUGGCUGACAGGAGGCACUGAGCAGCAUAUAAGCAAGCUCAUCAAACUGUAUUGGCAGGCUAUGAUUGAAGAAGCCAUCACUAGAGAAACAUCUUUUUCGGUUAUGUACACACCACUUGGGACAGAAAUCAAGGCUGAUGAAAGAAACAGGUUAAAGACCAGGUUUGCUAAAAAGCACCCUGAUUAUGUGGAGCACAUAUAUACAGAUCCUCAUGGAUUUCACAUCUUGCCACAGACAUCUGAGUGGCUGUCUCAGCCUCCCAAGAAGUACUCACUGACUUUGGGUUUCAGAAACAAACAUAUUGGAAAAAUCUUGGAAAGGUGGUCAAACAAAAAACUGCCAGUCUUUUCAGACCGGAAAGCACCUUUCUGUCCUCUCACCAAAGAAGAAACAAAAAGAUAUUGGGAUUGCACUGGGGAAAAGAUCAUGCCAGUAAUAGAUUUUAUAAGAAGCACCAAAUUAACUGACAAUCGCUGUGCAUGUUCAUGGGGGAUAGAGAGGUUGCAUUACGCCAGCUUCCUCGGCCAUUUGCAGAGAGUUGAGGAAGAGUCCCAAGUGAUUAAUCAAGCAAUGGCUGAGCUAGCAACUCUUCCCUACCUACAAGACACCAGUGAGAAAGAUGUCAGAAUGCUGCAGUUGCUAAUGGCAGAUGCCAUGGACACCCUUGAAGGAAGAAGGAGUAAAACACGUGUGUGGAAUAAAAUUCAAAAGGGUUUACAGACAGAUCUCAGGGAAGGUGCUGAAAACCAAACCCUGGCUGCACUGGGUCAGCGUAAACAGGAUAAGCAGAUAAGACAAAGGUGGUGUAAAGAAAUCACAGGAGCAAAGGGUCAACGUGUUUUCAGAAUCCAAGUUUCCAAGUGA